AUGCCCGCGAACCACAGUGUCAAAAAAGCCCUCUCACUGAUCGAGGCUGAUACCAGCAAAGUGCUCGGCUUGAAAGUCGGCAAUCAUGGGGCCGUGCAACCGGGCCAGUAUAUCCCCAGAGCGGACGCACAAUCCCCCCCGGAACUCUUCUUCCACGGCCUCUCGCCAAGCACGAGCUACAUGCUCAUCGCCCUUGACAUCGACGCCCCCUUCCCUUCCUUCGGCGUUCUCGGCCCCAUCCUGCACUGGAUCCAGCCGGGCCUCCAGCCCACUCCGUCCGAUAGCGAUCCUGCCCUGCAGACUUUGAGAGUCACUGCGCCGUUUGUGGCCAAUUAUAUUGGCCCCGCCCCGCCGCCGGGCAGCUCGCCGCAUCGAUAUGUCUUCUUUCUGUACGAGCAGCCAGCCGGGUUCGAGGGAAAGAAGUAUGCGCCGCCGCGGGGGCAGAAUUUGGGGAAUAUGCAUCGCCCAUACACGUAUCUCUAA